AUGUCUUCCUAUUUUUAUGAAGUGUACAAAAUAAAAAAGUCGCUCGACAAUUUGGGAAAAAGCCCAGUGAAAGAAGAUGGUGAAGUGGACGGAAAGGAUUCCGAUAAAUUGGUAACUAAAUUCAAUCUUCUUCCUUUCAUUCUUGUGGCGCUGGGAGUUGUUGGAGUUGCUGGCGUUGUAAUGAUCAUCAGCGCCUUGUUCAUUGUCGACGUGUCCAGUGCUCUAAUCAUUGGAAUUGGAUUCUUGGCGGUGUGGCAAAAGGGGAAAUUGGCAAGAUUAGGAGGCGUUCGCGGGAAUAUCAACAAGCUUCGAGCGAUGGUCAACGAGAUGACCUUGGAAAACGACAAGCUGACGGCAAGUAACGACAAGUUUCAAUUGGAGAACGACAAACUGUCCUAUGUGACUCGUGAUAUUGAAUCUCUAGCAACCACCAUGGGCAUUGGUGUUGAUCGAUUGAACUCGAGCAUUGAAGAGUUUGAUGCUAUCACCAAGGAAAUGAAUCACUGUUUGGAACAACAAGUCAUGCAACAAGUCAUGGACAUUGUCCUGAAAACCGAUCGCAAUCAAGACUUUCAUAUCAAAGAACCAAGGGAACUGAAACGAUUGGAACAACGCCUUAGCAACAUGCCUAACGUUGAAUUCCAUGAAGAGAACUUUCGCCGCAUCACCCGAUACGAUGACGAAGAUGCUCCCGGCAUCAAGGUCGGAGACAUUAUGGCCAUGUUCCGCAACCUGAAAGAUCCGUCGGUGGAUCCCAAAGACAACAUUUUCAUCUUGAGACCUGACGAAGAAAUUCGCAAGCAGUACGUUGAGAAACGUGAAAGUGGUGUGUAUGAACAACGUCGAGGGAGUGCAAUUGCCGUAUAA